AUGCAACGCAGCCGCGGAGUGCGGACAGUAUGCAAAGACACCGGGGCAGACCUGCCCGCUCAACACCUGCUGCAGUGUGUGGGGGUUCUACCCCCAGCCGGCAAAUCUCAGAUCAGCGUUCUCAAGAACAGGGUUAUCGGGUACUACGAGGCGUGGAUGGCUCGUAAGAGCUGCCACCGGAUCGAUCCGACCAACUUGCCGCUAGAUGCCCUGACACACGUGAACUUUGCCUUUGCCUCAAUCGAUGCGUCGUCGUACCAGGUGGUCGCAAUGGACUCGGCAACCCCCUCCAGCCUCUUCAAGGAUACGACCAACAUCAAGUCCAUCAAGCAAGAUAUCAGUGUCUUCACGCAAUCGUUGUUUGAAGAAAUCGCCGGCGAUGCGACCAAGCGGCAGACCUUCGCCAAGAACGUGGUCCAAUUCAUGCGGCAGUACGGGUUUGACGGCGUGGACCUCGAUUGGGAAUAUCCCGGGGCCGGCGACCGAGGCGGCAAGCCGGAGGAUACCGAGAAUUAUGCUUUAUUGCUGGAAACAUUAAGACAGACCUUCGACUCCAGUGGAAGCACGUUUGGGCUGACAUUUACUGCGCCCUCCUCGUACUGGUAUCUCAGGUGGUUUGAUCUACCGAAAAUGAUCAAGUAUGUGGAUUGGAUCAACGUAAUGACGUACGAUCUCCAUGGGGUGUGGGAUGCCUCCAAUCCCAUUAGUAGCAUUGUCCAAGGCCAUACCAAUCUAACCGAGAUCAAAACGGCGGUAGAGCUCUUCUGGAGGGUCGAUGUACCCCCUGGUAUGCUUGUCUUGGGCUUUGGGUUCUACGGCCGUUCUUUCACAUUAGCAGACCUCAGUUGUACGACACCCGGAUGUCCCUUCAGCGGCGCCUCAGACGCAGGACCCUGCUCAGAUACUGGUGGCAUGCUUGCCUACUACGAAAUCAUGAGUAUGCUACAGGGUACAUCUGCCUCGCCAAAGCGAGCCACUAUCAGUCCGACGCAUGACAAGAAAGCGGCUGUCAAUUACUUUACUUUCAAUGACAAUCAGUGGGUCUCUUAUGAUGACCACAUAACCUUCAGGCAAAAGGUCAACUGGGCCAACGAUGUAGGGCUGGGAGGCGCGAUGAUCUGGGCAUCCGAUCUCGAUGAUGAUAGAUACUCGGCCCACUCGGGUCUUCUAGGCCGCAGCAUCAUCUCUACCGCAACCCUGCAGGAGAUCAAUAAAGCGGAGUCCAACCCCAAGUCCGUGAUCACAGACCUGGCUGGGUUCAACGGACAGAAGUGCUUCCGGCAUUCCGGCAAAUGCGUCAAUCUAAAUGACGACGCGGCCAUGGCCAACGCGUGCGGCAGCGGCAACACGGUCGUCGGCUGGGAUGACGCUGGGUGUGGUAGGAAGAGCUGCCACUGCGGAAAGCCCAUCUGCUGCCCGUCGAAUGCGGCGCCCAAGAAUUGCAAGUGGCGUGGCCAGAAGACCGGCCAGGGCGGAGCCCGAUCCGACUGCAGCGGGCAAUGCGAGGCUGGGGAGAUGAAUAUCAAUGGUAUUCGUUCCUCGUGGGGCGGGGGCUUCACCAACGACGGUGAUACCAACAAAUGCGGUCGAGGGUACAAGGCGUUCUGCUGUCCAGACCCCGAUUACAGGCAAGUGACCAGAGGAUGUUCUUACGCAGCAUGCGGGAAGAACUGUCCCAGUGGCAAAACCGCACUUCUGACCAAGUUUGAUGAUUGUUGGGCCAAGGACAAAAGUACUGCUGCCCGGACCCGGCCCAGCUCGCUGGCUGCCACUGAGUGGGGGGUCGAUCUCGCUACGAUGUGCGACAGCUCGCACUCCUGUGAAUGGGGUCGUAGCCGGGCUGCAUGCUGCUCCGUGAAGAAGGCACCCACCCGCAAGGCUAUGUGCACCAUCGACCUGUGCGACAAGGACAGCGAAUACUGCGGAGCGAGUGCCAGUGACUUCUGGAAACGAAGCUUCGAGGAGGGCGAAGAACACAGCCUCCAGAAACGUAAGGUUGGCAAAAAGUUUGCAAAGGCGACCAUCGAUGGACUGAUUAUCAAGUAUGUUAUUGCGGGCUAUCCCACCAUCGGAGAGCUGUUCAGCAUUAAAGGAGCAGCUCAAGUCCUCAUGAGAGCCUUCCGGACCCGACACGGCUAUUGUGCGGGAAGUACGCUCGAUGUAACGGACUUCAAAUCCAAGCCGAGCAAGGAGGAGUAUGCAAGGCUUAACACUGAGCAUCCCCUGGAUAAGAGUCUUAUAGGGAAAUGGAUGGAGGCCGCGGGUAACGGUGUACUGCCGACGUCAAGAAGGCCGCUUCUCAAGCCAAUUGAUCUUGCAUUCUGGCAGAAGGUGUGGAACGAGGCCAACACUGAAUUGGGCAAAAAGCCCCCGGUGGGUAGAAAUCAGACACUGGGAAAGCGGCCAGAUACACCCAGUGAGCGUAUUGCCGAAGCCUUUGGAUCGAAUCACAAUCCCUUCCCCUUUCUAGCUUCCGAGGAUGCUGUGAAUAUAGCCAAGGGGAGGAUAUUCGAGCACAAAGACCCAGUGCAGUUGCCUAAGAUCUCCAGAUUAGCGAAGGAUGCUGUUAAGGCAGACACCGAUGCAGCAGUUGACGAGUUACUCUCCGAAUUUCAGACGGCGUUCGCGGCCUUGGAGUACAUCCGCAACAGCGACUUCGAGAUACGCUACAACGAUGUGAUCCAGCAAGUCUACCUGCAACUGGGCUACAUCGAAGAGACGACGCGAACGCACAACUUACAGAAUUGA